UGGUCGCCUGGGAAACCCCGAGACAACAAGAUGGCGGCGCCGCGGGACGGCUCGCUGGGCCCGUGGAGUCCCUGACAGUGAACCCCAACACUGGAGCUAUGAGCUCACCCCUGGCCUCUCUUAGCAAGACUCGGAAGGUGCCCUUAGAAUCGGAACCUGUGAAUCCCGGGAGGCGAGGGAUAAGAAUCUACGGAGAUGAAGAUGAGGUGGACAUGGUGAAUGAAGGACAGGACUCAGAAGAGAAGAUCUCUCUCCCUUCCUGCUAUGGAGGCAUUGGUAGGCAAGGCCUUAUCAUCCAUGACUCGGAGUUGCUGACCUCCAUGGCCAGGAAGCUGCAGGAGCUGGAGCAGCAGUUGAAGGCACGGAAUGAGGAGAUGCUGUCCAAGGAGCAGAAGAUCCUGGCCCUGGAGGAUUUGGUGCAGACCCUCCAGCAGCACCAGAGCAGCACAACCAGGGAGGAGGAGCUGGAGACACAGUGCAUUCAGCUGCAACGGCAGGUUGGCGAGAUGGAGCGGUUCCUCAAUGACUAUGGCCUACAGUGGGUGGGCGAGCCCAUGGACCAGGAGAACUCAGAGGGAAAGAUAAUCUCUGAAAGUGAUGAGCGAGACUGGAUGAAGGCCAAGAAGUUCUGGAAGCCAGGGGAUUCUUUUGUGCCCCCCGAGGUGGACUUCGACAGACUGCUGGCCAGUCUACAGGAUCUGAGUGAGCUGGUGGCGGAGGGAGAGGCCCAGGUGACACCAGUACCUGGUGGGGCUCAGUUCCGUACUCUAGAGCCCAUCCCGCUGAAGCUCUACCGGAAUGGCAUUAUGAUGUUCGAUGGGCCCUUCCGGCCCUUCUACGAUCCCUACACGCAGCGCUGCCUCCGGGACAUACUGGAUGGCUUCUUUCCCUCAGAGCUGCAGCGGCUGUAUCCUGAUGGAGUCCCCUUUAAGGUAAGCGACCUGCGAAAUCAGGUCUACCCAGAGGACGGGCUGGGCCCAUUCCCAGGUGAGGGUCGUGUGGUGGGCCGGCAGAAAAUACGCAAGGUCACAGACAGGGUGGAGGAGACUUCAGGCUCCAGGAUGACUGCUGAGAAAUUUCUGAACAGGCUUCCCAAGUGUGUAAUCCGACAAGGCGAGGUGAUUGACAUCCGGGGCCCCAUCAGGGACACCUUGCAGAACUGCUGCCCAAUGCCUGUCCGGAUCCAGGAGAUCAUAGUGGAGACACCUGCCUUGGCCUCUGAGCGGCACAGGACCCAGGAGUCGCCUGCCAUGCCAGUGCCUCCACUCUCCAUGCUGCGCAUCAAGUCCGAGAACGGGGAACAGGCCUUCCUGUUGAUGAUGCGGCCCGAGGACACCAUUGGUGACGUGCGAAACCUCUUAGCACAGGCCAGGAACAUGGAUUCAGCAGCCUUUGAAAUCUUGAGCACCUUCCCACCCACAGUCUACCGGGAUGACACAGUGACUCUGCAGGCCGCAGGCCUGGUUCCCAAUGCAACACUGCUCUUAAGGACUCGCAGGGUUCUGCCGGCGAACCCCAGCUUUGGGACUGAUUCCGGCCCGGGCUCACUGCCCUGAAUAAAGUGGCGCCCCUGA